AUGCUGAACUUCGAGCUGGGCGCGUCGAUACCGCCAGACACGGCGCACGCAGUCAGCGUCUCCCUGCCGACAUGGAAGUCCAACGUCGGGUAUGAGGAGGGCGAGCAGUGGGUGGUCGGCCGCAUGACGACGGGCUACCCCCGCUUCUUCAUCCACAGGGCCAUCGCCACCUUCGCCGAGGAGCUGGCGGCCCGGUUCGGCCGCCGGCCGGGCCAGCAGGCCAUGCUGUUCCCCACGCGCGCCGCAGCCGCCCGCUGCGUGCGCUUCGUGAGGGAGCGCGCCCCCCUGCCGGCCCUCGACGGCCUCGACUCGGUCCACCUGGCCCUGGACCCGGCCGCGAGGCCGGCCGACCAGCUGCGCGACCUCGCCCCCUGCGUCUCGGCCGUGCUGUGCGUCCCGGCCGCAUUCCCCGUCGCAAAGGAGUACUGGCAGCACUCGGGUGACGGCGUGUCCAGCCGCAGGGCCGAGUUCUGCCACGGGUUGUACUCGGCAGGGCUGCUGGUCCCCCACGACCAGGACGCGGCGGCGGCACCCGUCCAGAAGCCUGCCAAGGGGCCCCGGCGGUACCAGCGCCCCGUGUCGGUCGACGCACCCCGGCAGCCGUCGCCCCCUGCCGACAAGGCGGCCGGGAACGGCGGGCCCGCGCGGCCCGCGGACGGGGAGGGGUCAGACGAGGAGACGGGCCGGUUCCUCGAGGAGCGGUUCGGCAGGAACCUCGACAUCUCGCUGCUGCCGCAGGCGCGGUCCGCCAUCAAGCGGCGGAUAGCCGGCGCCCUCUCGGCCGACCACGACAUCGCGAGCCAGCCCUUCCCGGCCAUGGAGUCCAACACCAGGGGUGUCCGGAACCUGCGCGAGGAGGACGUGUACCUCUACCCGUGCGGCAUGAACGCCAUCUUCAACGCCCACCGGCUCCUGCUGGCCGCGCGCGGGAGCAAAAAGAGCGUCGAGUUCGGCUUCCCCUACGUCGACACGCUCAAGAUCCUGCAAAAGUUCGGCCCGGGCUGCGUCUUCUACGGCCGCGCGUCCGAGGCCGAGCUCGACGAACUCGAGGCGCGGCUCGCGGGCGGCGAACGGUUCCUCGCCCUCUUCUGCGAGUUCCCGGGCAACCCGCUGCUGACGUGCCCCAACCUCGCGCGCAUCCGGCAGCUGGCGGACCGCUACGACUUUGCCGUCGUGGUGGACGAGACCAUCGGCACGUUUGCAAACAUCAGCGUGCUGCAGUACGCCGACGUGGUCGUCAGCAGCCUGACCAAGAUCUUCUCGGGCGACUGCAACGUCAUGGGCGGGAGCGCCAUCCUGAACCCCGACGGCCGCUACUACGCCGCCCUCAAGGCCGCCGCCGCCGCCGAGUACGAGGACACGUACUGGGCCGAGGACGUGCUCUUCCUCGAGCGCAACAGCCGCGACUUCGCGUCGCGCGUCGACCGCAUCAACGCAAACGCCGAGGCCAUCUGCGACGUGCUCCUGGCCCACCCACGCGUCAAGGCCGUCUACUACCCAAAGUGCAACCCGGACCGCGACAACUACGAGCGCUGCCGCCUGCCGUCGGGCGGCUACGGCGGCCUGCUGUCCGUCGUCUUCCACUCCAAGGAGGACGCCGCCACGUUCUACGACGCCAUCGACACCGCAAAGGGGCCCAGCCUGGGGACCAACUUCACCCUCGCCUCGCCCUACGUGCUGCUGGCCCACUACCAGGAGCUGGAUUGGGCUGAGAGCCUCGGCGUCGAUUCCAGUCUCGUCAGGAUCAGCGUUGGGCUGGGAGAGACGCCGGACCAAAUUUCUAUCUUCAGGGAUGCCCUCAAGGCUGUCGAGCCGCUCCCGUCGUCCUGA